UACGACGUAAACUGUAUUUAUUUAAUAUAAAAGUGUUUUUGUGGAAAUGAUAACAUCUUUUAAAGAGUCCUACGUCUUUAGACAGUUAGCAGCGAUUGCGGCUUCAGGAUGGCUUUCAUUAACUGCUGGCUUUGCAUACGGGUUCAGCGCGGUUCUCCUUCCAGACCUUAAAGAAGAUGAAAAUUUUCCAUAUAAUGAUAAUCUAGGUUCUUGGAUCGCUUCAAUUACUCCACUAUCCAUGAUUGUUUGUUGCCUCUGUGCGGGAUCAAUUAUCGACAGAUUUGGAAGAAAAGUUGGCCAUAUUAUACUUAGCAUGUUAUCAGUAAUUAGUUGGGUGAUAAUAGCAUUUGCUACCAACGUGACUCUUCUACUCAUCGGUAGAUUUGUGGCUGGUUUUUCCGUUGGAUCAAAUAGACCAGUGACUUUGGUAUACCUUGGUGAAAUCACAUCACCAAAAUACAGAUGUUAUUCUUUACUAUGCCCAUCAUUUUCACUUUCCUUGGGCAUCCUUCUAUGCCAUGUAAUUGGAGGAUAUAUUUCAUGGAGAAAGAGCAGUUAUAUAUACAUCGUGGUGAAUCUUUUAUGUUUAAUUUCUUUAUUUUUCUUAAAAGAAACUCCUUUAUGGUUGAUAUCGAAAGGAAAUAUCGAUGAAGGAAUUAAGUCAUUCAUAGGAUUUAGAGGAAAAGGAAUUGAAGCAGAGUCAGAACUUAAAUUAGUUUUGCAAAGACAGAAUGAAAAAACAGACAAAUAUUUGAUGAAAGAUAUUUUUAGUUUAGCAUUUAUUAAACCGUUUUGUACGGCAAUUUUAUUAGCCGUAGUCACACAAUUUAAUGGAAUAAAUUCAAUAACAUUUUACGCAAAGGAAAUACUCGGAAACACUGUGAAGGGUGAAAUCGAUCCAUUUUUAUUGAUGAUAAUGUAUGACAUAAUCAGACUUUUAACUUUCAUUCUGAUAUUUCUUUGUAAUAAAUUCAUACCACGUAAGAUUUUAUUUAUAGGCGUAAAUAUUUGUUGCUGUAUUUCAUUAUUUAGCUUAGUUGCAUUUCUAUCUCUUAUGAAUGUAUCGGAAUAUGUAUGGUUAGCAGUGACGCUUAUUAUUUUGUAUACAGUCUUCGGUUCUAGCAUUGUGGUUCUAGCUUGGACAUUCAUUCCAGAAUUAUUUUCUGGCAAUUUACGGGGAUUGGGAUCAGGACUAUCAGCGUCUAUAUCAUUCCUACUGCUAUUUGUUUGUGUGAAAAUUUCUCCAGGUUUUAUGGCAAAUUAUGGUGAAAUUUACAUGUAUGCAUGUUUUGGGUUGAUAACAGCUGUAACGACAAUUAUAUUAUGUUUUCUUUUACCUGAAACAAAUGGCCGAACGCUGCAGGACAUAGAGGAUACUUACAAAAAAAAUACUACUAUAUAAUCAUUAUUGUAAAUUAAGGAACUUAAUAUAAUUAAUUAAGCGGAUCUUUGUUUUAUUUAUCAAUUACACCUAAAUUACCUUAACUUUAUUAAUUGUUCGCCGAAAGUUAAAAUAAACUAAUACAGAGAUAUACUGAUUUCUUUAAAGUUAAGAAUGCC